AUGAGUAAAUGCAAUACUACCAUGCAAUCACUUGAAUGUAGGCUGAACUCGAUGGUGUUCAUGCAGAUAACACAAGAAGAAAGAACGAGUAAAACAAACCUGACGAGGAAUGAAGCACCGAGCUCCAAAAUAAUGCUGGAGAAGAAGAAUAAAGGCUUGGAGUCCCAUAAAAAAGGCCAAACAAAUACACCAACUUCGGUUGGGCUCUAUCCGCAUGAAAUUAUGAGGGCAACCAAAUACAUACAAAGGGAUAGCAAUUCGUGUGGCUGUUAUCCCAAGGAUAUAAUAAGGGUGCAGUGGUUUUCUCGAGUCACGAAUCACAUUAAUGCAUAUUUGAGGGAUCCAAAACGAGUGGAGGAGGAGGAGAAUAAACCGCAAGAACUUAUGAAACUCGUACAUUAUGAGAAUGCCGCCUAA